AUGUUUUCAUUCGUAUUUUUUGCUUUGGUUCUUGUCGGUACUGGUAGCACUACAAAUUGCCUCAAUCGGCAAGCCAUUGAGCAAUCUCUCAACAAAGGUCAUAUUCCAGGUGCAGUAAUCGUCGUUGUCAACGCCACGAAUAUACUUUACGAUAUCAGUGGUCAUCCAGCAGGUCUUUUACGAAUGUCAGCUAUUUCUUUAUCUAUGUUUCUUCGAAUGUUUAUCAAUAAUGGAUACACACUUCUCUCUUCUCAGUCAAUUGCGGAAAUGAAACAAGCAGUUGGUGGUGGUCUUAUUCGUCCGUAUAACGACGAUGCUAGAAUUAACUCUACAGAUUUACUUCCAUCACGAAGAUAUGAACUUGCUUGGCAUUGGAGAACGCUAAGCAAUACUCGUCAAUACUUAGGUCAUGGUGACUCUUUACCAGGCAUGAUAAUUUGA